AUCUGCGGAUGCUACUUCAUUCACCAGCAUCAGCGCAAUUACCUUCCUCAAGUCGAAAUACAGUCACAUACCAUCAUCAACCCGGUCAGCUUCACCACGCAUCUGACUCAGACCUUCAGCAAUCCGCAGGAGGACAAGCUCGAUCAAGUGCGCUACACAUUCCCUCUAUACGACGGUGUCGCGGUCUGUGGCUACACCAUCAAGUAUGGCGACAAGACUCUCAAGGGCAUCGUCAAGCAAAAGGACGACGCCAAGAAGACCUAUCAGGCUGCCGUUGAUCGUGGAGAGACUGCUGGUCUUCUGCAAGCCCUUCCCGCUGGCGUCUUUGGCGUGAGGCUCGGUAACGUGCCAGCCAAGACGGAAAUCAUCGUGGACAUCACUUACUGCGGCGAGCUGAAGCACGAUUCCGCGAUUGAUGGACUCCGCUUCAACCUCCCAACCUCGAUCGCUCCUCGGUAUGGCUCCUAUCCUGGUACUGUUCUCGCAUCCAAUACUCGCAACACUGGUGGCAUCAAGAUCACCAUCGACGUCGACAUGGGCAAGUCUGCCAUCCGUCGUGUUCAGUCACCAUCGCACCCGAUCGCCGUCUCCAUGGGCGAACUCUCCACUGCAGCUCAGAGAACCAAAGCGCCCUUCAACGCCUCUCAAUCCUACGCCACGCUGACCCAAGGUACCGCUGAGCUUGGGGAGGACUUCAUCUUCCAAAUUAUCGUCGAUGAUCUCAACAAACCGCAAGCAGUCCUUGAAGUUCACCCGACUCUUCCCAACCACCGUGCUAUCAUGGCUACUCUCGUUCCACAAUUCUCUCUUCCAUCCGGCAACCCCGAGAUCGUCUUCAUCGCAGAUCAAUCCGGUAGCAUGUCUGGCGCAAAGAACGACUCACUCGUUGCUGCGCUCAAAGUCUUCCUGAAGUCGCUGCCAUUCGGCGUGCGCUUCAACAUCUGCGCUUUUGGCAACUCGUACAAGUUCCUUUGGCCGGAGUCCGAAGCCUACAACGAAGAAAACCUCAACACUGCGGUCACUUUCGUUGAAUUGCUCCGCGCUGACUACGGAGGUACUCAAAUGCUCGAGCCGGUCAAGGAGGCAUUCCUUCGCAAGCGUGCUGACUUACCGAUGGAAGUCAUGUUGUUGACGGAUGGAGAGAUCUGGGAAGAGAAGACUCUGUUCGAGUUCUUGAAUGAACAGAUUCAAGAGAAGAAGGUUGAUGCGCGGGUAUUCGCGCUCGGAAUCGGAAACGAUGUCUCUCACACGUUGGUGGAGGGAGUGGCGAGGGCUGGUCGAGGCUUCGCGCAGUUUGUCACUCAGACCGAGGAGACGGAUCGAAAGGUCAUGAGGAUGUUGAAGGGUGCGCUAUGUGCGCAUACGCAGGACUACUCACUGGACGUGCAUUACGAAGAAGAGGGCACGAUCCUUGAGGAAGACGACUUUGAGCUCGUGGACAAGCCGAGUGAUGGACUUGCGAUUCGCACAACUGGGAGCGACGAUCGAGAAUCCAGUGCCACUACUCCUGCGCCUGCAGCUCCGAUCUCGUUGUUUGACACCUCGACGAACAUCGACGAGAACCCGGCUCCGGUACCACGCUACUCUCACCUUCCGAAGAUCCCAACUCCGAAGGUCUUGCAGGCGCCGACAUUCAUUCCUCCUCUUUUCCCGGCCAACCGCUCCACCGUCUACCUCCUUCUCGGACCUGAAUCACGCCAGCGCCCAGUCAAAAGCCUCACGCUGAAGGCAACCUCCGCAGCUGGACCAUUGCAGCUCGAUAUCCCUGUCCAUCAACUCGCGGCUGGCAAAGAGACCGAGCUAGAUAGUGGCAUCCAUGUCCUCGCCGCUCGAAAGGCCAUCCAGGACCUCGAAGAGGGACGAGGCUGGCUGCAGUCUGCUACCGUGUCUGCCUCUGUGCUCGAUACUGCUGAGACCGCCGGCUCGACCAAGAUUACGAUGCCUGUGAAAGAUCGAUACCCCUCUCGCUUCGAUGAGAUGGUCGAGCGCGAAGAUGUGCGCCUGGGUGUCACGUACGGAGUCGCUGCGAAGCACACUUCUUUUGUCGCUGUGCAGGCCGAUGGAGAGCGCGAACAAGAUACCAACGACCAAGUUCGAUCCGAAGCUCAACCUGCGGGCUCCGGAGGUCGUAAGGGCUUCGGCGGUGUUUCCUGCAUGCGUUCAGGUGGAGGAAACCUCUUUUCAGCUUCGAUAGGACUAUCGCCACUCGGCGGAGCCCACGCACCGGGAGGAAGUCAAGGAGCACUGUUCUCGUCUUCGCUAGGGAGCAGCGUGUUCAGUGCAGCGCCUCAAGCCAGCAUGAUGCGGCAACCGUCUCAAGCCGGUCUCGUUGGCCAGCCAAGCCCUUCUACUGCAGGUGGUCUCUUCGGUGCAUCCAGCCGUCGGAGGAAACGUGUUGCUGCCCCGGCAGGUAAUUCGUUCUUGGCUGACGAGGAGGUCCCUCCCGUGGAUCCAGAGAAACCCCUCAGCCUUCUACACAAGCUCAUCUCCCUCCAGAUGUUCUCCGGAGCGUGGACCUGGUCUGAUGAGCUGCUCGCUUUACUGAAGCUGAACGCUCCCGAGGAGGAAAUCCUUGCGCGAUUCGGCGAUGUCAAGGAUCUUGCUGCGACGGCCCUGGUGGUGGCAUUUCUGCAGGCUCAUUUGGCGGACGAUAAGGAGGUUUGGGAGAUGGUGGUGAAGAAGGCGAAGGCUUGGUUG